AUGGACGACUUCACCACCGAGAUCAUCGCCUCCGGGCGCGCCUUUGACUCCCCAGAGAGCCCCGAGCGCCAUCGCCGCGUCAGUGACGGCAUCCAUGAUGAGGAGCCGGCCGUUGAGCCCGAGGCGACUCCGGCGCCUCCUCAGAAGACGGGUUUGCGCGGCGGACUUGCAGCUAUUCGGCAGAAAGCCAGCCUGCAGGAUCGUUUGGUUGAAAAGCUCCUUCAGCAAGUCAUCCCAGCGGACAAAGAUGAUCCCAACGACGUUGCCUUUGCUGCCGACGACCAUGCGCCUACGCAGACCGAGAGACCCAACUUCAACAUCACCACCAUGUCCUACAACUUCCGCCGCUUCAAUGCUCGCAUCGGUGUCGUCUUCAAGUUCCAGGCCCGAGUCGAGCGCAUCCUCUGCUGGCAUCGCGCAUCCCAUACACUAUCUCUUCUCGCCGUAUACACCUUUGUUUGCCUCGACCCAUACCUCCUAUGUGUUCUACCUGUUGCGAUACUGCUGCUCGGCGUCUUUAUCCCUGCAUUCUUGGCACGUCACCCGGCACCUCCCAAAGGCACAUUGUCGAGCGAGCAGAAUGUUGGCUACUCUCCUCGUGGACCACCUUUGGCACCUGCGGCGACUGUUAAACCCGUGAAGGAACUUAGCAAGGACUUCUUCCGGAAUAUGCGCGACCUGCAAAACAGCAUGGAUGACUUUAGCGAGGGGCACGACAAGGUUGUCGCGUUUCUUGUGCCGGUGACCAACUUCAGUGAUGAGGCUCUCAGUUCCGCCCUCUUUCUAUUCCUCUUUGCGGGUGGCAUCUUCAUGACUAUUGCAGCUCAGUUGAUCCCAUGGAGGUUCAUUUUCCUGCUCGGUGGUUGGGCUGUUGUCGGCAUGGGCCAUCCAUAUGUUGCUCGCCUUCUUGCUGUCGCCCACCGCGAGCGCCUUCAGCCGCAGGAGGCCAAAGCUCGAUCAUGGCUUGAUGACUGGAUCGCUAAGGAUGUGAUCCUCGACUCAAGCCCUGAGACUCGCGAGGUCGAGAUCUUUGAGUUGCAACGCAAGAUAGCUGGUGGCAGCGGCGAGUGGGAGCCCUGGCUCUUUUGCCCAUCUCCUUACGAUCCGCUCUCACAACCACGUAUCGCCGGCGAGCGGCCCAGGGGCACACGGUUCUUUGAGGAUGUCAUGCCCCCGGAGGCUUGGGAGUGGAGUGAGAAGAAGUGGGCUCUCGACCUCUGGAGCCGCGAAUGGGUUGAGGAGCGCAUCAUCACAGGUGUUGAAGUCGAGACAGAAGGCGAGCGUUGGGUUUACGAUAUCUACGAUGAGCGGGAUGAGCGAACAGGGGUGGUAGAUCCUCCAGUUCAUGACAAAGGGAAGCAAAAGGCUGCUGCGGCCAAGCCGAGCUGGGAAGAGGGUGAGGACGGCACUGGCAGAAGAGGGGACUGGAGACGGCGACGAUGGGUGCGGUUGGUGAAGCGCAAGGCAGCGCCAGUGCAAACCGUCUAA